AUGGGCACUUAUCUCUCCAGCCCCCUCUCGGGGAAGGAGGUGGCCUCCGGGGCCUGCGAGUCUAUGGGCCUCCGCUGGGGUGUAUGCAGCAUGCAGGGCUGGCGCGUCUCUAUGGAGGACGCCCACUUGGUCUUGUAUGCCAAGCGAGUAGGAAACGCUUCAACAGCAAAUGCAUCGGGGGCCCCUUCUUACAGCUCCCCGCGAGAGGGGGGGCCCCCUUCGGACGCAGCGGUGGUUCAGCAGCAGCACCGGCAGCAGAAGGACGAUCUAAGCCCUCAUGGGCCCCGAUUGUCUGCAGUAGGGAUGCAUCAGCAGCUGCUUUCUCAGCUGCUGCUGGGAUCGGGAUCGGGUUUAGGACCUCAGCGCGGCACAGACGGGUGUUAUGUCUUCCUGCCGGCGGAAGUGGAAAUGCAAAAGGAUGACGUGGUGGCUGCUGCUGCCCCAGCAGCAGGAGGAGCAGCAGAAGAUGGGGGCGAUGGAGCCGACAUGGAGGCAGCGGAGCCCGCAGAAGGUGACGCUGCAGCAACACCCAGCAGCAAAAAGACAAAUAGAGUUGGGAGGGCUGUGCGACGCCAGUUCACGCUGAGACGUCGGGGCACGUCUACGGCCAGCGAAACUGAUGCAGCCGAGACGGCAGGUGCUGCUGCUGCUGCUGGCAUUGCCGGUGCUGCUGCUGCUGCUCCGACGGCAGCUGCUGCUGCAGGCUUUUCCCCCGCUUCCCAGGUUCGGGGGGCCCCUUCCGGGACGGAGGCCCCUGGGGGCCCCUUUGCCGCGGGGCCCGUCGCUUCCUCUGGCCAGACAGUGCAGCAUGCGGACUUGUGCAUAUUUGCAGUCUUCGAUGGCCAUGGGGGUGCCCACGUAUCUAGGUUUGCUGCUGCACACAUGAGGCCGCUGCUGGAGUCUUUGUCUUCUUUCCACCGGGGGGACCUCAGCACCGCGCUGCGAAGCGCUUACUUACGUAUAGAUGAUUUGCUGCGGGAGGAGAGCAGCCAAGACGACCUGAUGUACCUCACGUCUCAUUCGCCUCUCCAGCUGCUGCAGCACAAGCAGCAGCUCCAGCAAGAACAGCUGCAACAGCAGCAGCAGCAUGAACACAACGGCAAUGUCGCAAACGCAACUGCAGCACCCACACAGCACAAAGGACUCAGAUCCACUCUCUCGAACCUGGGGCAGCACUUCGGUGUAAAGUCCCAACAGCAACAGCAGCAGCAGCAGCAGGCUGCAGCAGGGCAAGGAAACCGAGCAGGCAUGAGCAGCAGCAGUGUGGGGGAGACGCCCAGCAGGCAACACACGGGGGCUUUUGCUUCGCGGGGCAGCGAAGAAGAGAUGCAACGCAGACAGCUGCGGAGCCAAGCAGAAGACUCGCUGGAUACAUUCAACAUCCGGGCCACAGCAGCAGCAACAGCAGCAGCAGCAAAUGCGGCAGCAACAGAAAGGAGCACAGAGCGCAGCGGAGCCGCUGCUAUCCUUGCUGCCUACGCAGCAAAUAGCCCCAACGCCUCACCAACACACCACAGCAGCUUGUCUUUCUCCCGUGAUCUCGAUAGCCGAGCAGCAGCUGCAGCAGGACCAGCAGCAGCAGCAGCAGUAGCCGCAUCGGACCCCCCCGCUCCUGCUUCUGAUGAGGAGGUGGCUGCUGCAUCAGCAACAGCAGCCACAACAGCAGCAGCAGCAGCAGCAGUGGUGGGGCAGCCAGAGGAGACAGUGGCUACCAAGAAAGGCAGGAAGCUGAGCUUCUCAGGACUUGUUGACGUCGUCACCCGCUCUGUGGGCCUCGGCAGGUUCUUCGGCCGCAACAACGGCAGCAGCAGCACCAGCAGGUCCCUCGCCAGCACUGCUGGCAGUACAGCUCUUACAGUGUGUGUUACACCUACGCGGCUUAUUGUGGCGAAUGUGGGGGACUCUCGCUGUGUGCUUUGCCGGGGGCGAGAGAUCGUCGAGCUGUCGCAGGACCACAAGCCGCAGCUAGCGGAGGAGCGGAUCCGGAUAUACGCGGCUGGGGGGUUCCUGGAGAUGGGGCGUGUGAAUGGGAAUUUGAAUUUGUCGCGGGCACUGGGUGACCUGGUGUAUAAGGCAGACGACACUCUGCCUCCAGAGAAACAAAUUCUCUCCGGCUGUCCAGACAUCGUGACAGUCAACAGAGACCCUGAGAAGGAUGAGUUUCUUGUAAUCGGUUGUGAUGGUAUUUGGGAAUUGUUGUCGUCUGCUGAGGUGGUGGAAUUCGUGAGACGGCGAAUUGAGCACACUCCGGACUUGUGUCAAAUUCUGAAGGAGUUGUUUGAUUCGUUGAUAUCCCCCAACCCAGCUCUCUUUGAGUAUGGUUGCGACAACAUGACGGCAUUUAUAGUGGACCUGAAGGCAGAGAAACGGAGGCAGUCUGCUGCUGCUGCUGCUGCUUCUGCUGCUGCCUCAGAUACAGGGCUGCAUCCGUCCCAGGAGCAGCAGGACGCGAGGCACUUCAGCAAGACUAGCAGCACAGAGAGCCUCUCCGGCUCCGUCUAUGGAGAUGGAGACCUCAAACAGACAAACCACAGCAGAUUCGCACAAGGAGCGCACCAGCAGCAGCAGCAGCAGCAACAGGAGGGACACCAAGACGAGGAGAGAAACCAGAGGCAGUAG